CUACCAUCGUGAAAAUAUCUUGUAUCGGCCCUUAUAUUGGCAUACAGUACCUCGAAAUUUUGCAGUGACUUGACUCAUGCAAAACUGCUGAAGCAAGGAUGUGAUCUGUAUCGAUGCCUUGGAUCUCAGGGGUCCGGUUGUGUGGUUAGCAUAAGUAGCCCUAUGGGCCCCAACUGCACGCGGUCGUAAGAGCUGUGUAUGUAACAUGGGAUACAGUACACACAUUGCACCAAAUACGUUCACAAUCUCCCUUUGGACUCUCCUGGCUGGUAUAAUUUGCGUCCAUUACUUUGUCAUAUUUUUCUUCGAUCAAAGUAAUUUCCACACACGCUUGAUAGAACUGCCAUGGACCCUAACCCUGCAGAGCCAAGGGUUGAGGAACCCAAACAAGAGUCACCCAAGCCUGAUGCCAAAUUCCCAGAUGGGGGAUUGAAGGCUUGGUUGGUUGUCUCGGGGGCCUUUUUUGGACUUUUUGUCAGCUUUGGCUGGACUAACUGCGUCGGCGUUUUUCAGGCAUACUACGUGGCAAACCAGUUGCAGAACUUGUCACCUAGUACUGUUUCAUGGAUUCCGGCAUUGUCAAUGUUUAUAAUGUUUAUCUCUGCACCGUUCGUGGGGCGAGCAUUUGACAAUUUUGGCCCGCGCUACCUUCUGCUUGUGGGGACACUGCUACACGUUUUUGGCUUGAUGAUGGCCUCGAUAUCGUCUCAGUACUACCAGUUCAUCUUGUCCCAGGCGAUUUGCAGCCCCCUGGGUGCGAGCAUGGUUCUGUAUCCGUCCUUCAGCUGCGUCACCACCUGGUUCCGACAAAAGCGGGCCCUGGCCCUAGGAAUCACAGCUAGCGGCUCGAGUCUCGGUGGCACUGUCUUGCCUAUUUUGGUCAAUCACUUAAUACCACGUAUUGGGUUUGGGUGGACGAUGCGUGUCUGCGCUUUCCUCUUAUGCGGCCUGCUUCUCUUGACAAAUCUAACCGUUCGAUCACGAGUCCCACCUCAACCAAAGGAGACCGGCAUCAUGGCCUAUCUUCGCCCCUUUACGUCGUUCUCCUUUGUGCUAACCUCCUUGGCGGGCUUUUUCUACUCCAUGGGAAUGUUCAUCCCCAUUACAUUCAUGGUAACUUACGGUGAAUAUGUCGGCCUGUCAGAUGAUAUGGCUGAGUACCUGGUUUCAAUCUUCAAUGCGGCGAGUGGGAUUGGGCGUAUUCUACCGGGAUACAUUGCAGACAAAGUUGGCAGCUUCAACGUGUCAAUGGUAGCCGCAGCCCUUUCGACCAUCUUUGUGCUGGCAUUGUGGCUGCCAUGGCAUAGUCAUGGGUCAGCCAUUGCUUUUGCCGCCUUAUUUGGAUUCAGUUCUGGCACAUACACUGCCAUCAGCCCAGCCUUGGUAGCGAAUAUUUCGGACCUCAAGGAGAUAGGCACCCGUUCCGGAACAAUGUACGCAUUCAUGUCUGUGGCUGCUCUCACUGGCAGCCCAAUUGGGGGUGCCUUAAUAUCAGGAGCAGACGGGAGCUAUUGGAAGCUGCAAGUUUUUACUGGCUGCAUGCUUGGUGCUGGAACUGCGUUCUAUCUCGCUGCCAGACUGUACUUGACCAAAGGUAGGCUGUGGGAGAAAGUCUGAUAGCUCGUACACAAUGGCUACCACCAUGAGCGUCUCGGCUCUAAGGAGGGUUAUUGCUGCAACUGCGACAUUGCUGUUUUCGUCAUGAUUAGAGCUGAAAAAGAAAAGGGAGCAUAUAGAUGCUGAAAUCAGAUAAAGUGUGAAACCAGAGUGAUAUAAAUGCAAUGCAUAGGGGGAGAGAUUGAUCGAGAUUAGGAAGUUCAUGUCAAGAUAAGGCGAAGGGCGGCCAGGCUGGCGCAGAAAAUAGUUCUAACUGAAUGUAUUACUAAACGAUAGACUUGAC